AUGACUGGGCAGUUCAAAACGCCGUCUGACGCUAGGAUGAUUUCUUCUGGUAACUGCCUGCAGCACGGUCCCGUAAUAGUCCGUGGGCACGUCAAGACUAGCACCAUGUUCGAGGAGAAGCUCGACGACCUCAGUCUUGCCACGUACCGCCGCAAUGCUCAACGCCGUGCCGCUCAUGGGGGCAACUCGGUCAAUGAGGGCGCCCCUGUCGAGCAGCAACUUCACGAGGUCUUUGUGACCUCGGGCUGCCGCCAAGUGCAGCGGAAGAAACCCUUCAGAAUUAGGUGUGUUUACCUCCGCGCCGUCUAA